AAAAGGAUAUUUAUCCGUAUGGCGCCAAGCGGUUUGUGCGGUUUUCGAUUUCUUCCAAAUUUCUGAAUUCGUCUCAAAACCUCCACAAAAUCGAAUGCGUUGCGUGAAUCGCGUCAGUUGUUCUUGGUCACGGCCAAGCGAAGCUUACCGUAUCAUCCCCUUCGCUUCGUCUGGAUUCCAUCAAUGUCCUUCAUCGUCUCUAUCUUUCCGUUCCUCUUUCGUGUGGUCCGAUUCAAACCCCGAACCAUCUUCGAAUCGCUCUUACAGCCGUAGAUGGCACAAUCCCCUUCCCCGGCGUCGACAUCCCGAUCAAAUGCCGUCAUCUCGGAUUGUUCGUGAUUGGAUCGAUUCAGAUACAACUCCAGUUUCCCAAGCUUCAGAGAGAUUCACUGUAGUGUCAUACAACAUACUGGGAGAUAGAAAUUCAUCAUAUCAUAGAGAUUUGUACUCCAAUGUGUCUUUUCCUUACCUCAAGUGGGGCUACCGCAAACGGUUGAUAUGCGAAGAACUCAUUCGUCUCAAUCCAGAUAUAAUCUGUAUGCAGGAAGUAGACAAGUAUUUUGAUCUGUUCAGCACGACGGAGAAAGCUGGAUAUGCUGGCUCCUAUAAGCGGCGAACUGGAGAUAACAUUGAUGGGUGCGCAAUGUUUUGGAAGGCCGACAGGUUUCGAGUUUUGGAGAGGGAAAACAUUGAGUUUAGCCAGUUUGGUAUGCGCGAUAAUGUUGCACAGCUUGCUGUUCUUGAGCUGCGGAAGUCUAAUAAGUCAAGAAAGAUACUGCUGGGUAACAUUCACGUGCUUUAUAAUCCAAAUAAAGGAGAUGUGAAGCUGGGUCAGAUCCGUUCACUCUGCUCAAAGGCUCACUUGCUCUCUAAGAAAUGGGGAGACAUUCCCAUUGUUCUAUGCGGGGAUUUCAAUAGCACUCCCCAGAGUCCAUUGUACAACUUCUUGGCGUCCUCUGAGCUGAAUGUCAUGGAACAUGACAAAAGAGAGCUCUCUGGCCAGAAAAAUUGUCAUCCAGCCAAAGUUCUUGAGACUGGAAGCAAAUCUAGUAGUACAAUAACUUUCAGCUCUUGGACCAAUGAAGAGAUCCGAGUUGCGACUGGGCAAGAGAACUCGUACUGGGCUGUGCAUCCCUUGAAACUCAAUAGCUCAUACGCCUCAGUUAGGGGCUCACCAAAUACCAGGGACUCUGUUGGUGAACCUCUAGCAACCUCGUAUCACUUGAAAUUUCUCGGAACGGUUGAUUAUCUUUGGUACUCUGAUGGUCUUGUACCUGCAGGAGUUCUUGAUACACUUCCUAUUGAUGUUCUCUGCAAAACCAAAGGCCUUCCUUGUCAAGAAUUGGGAAGCGAUCACUUGGCACUUGUUUCUGAAUUUUUCUUUGAACCGAACGGUUAAAGGCAUAUAUCUAGUAGUGUCAGCUUAAUUUUGCUUACGGUUACAAAUGUUUGUUUAUUGUACAUGUAUAAUGUAUAAGCGUACCGAAAUUAUCUUAAUCAUGGUACGAUAUCAAACCGACUUCUCGAUAAAUAAAUGAAGCAAUCAGAAUC